GAAAACAUAGUUCUUGUUGUGCAGAGCAGCACAUUUGAUCCAAUGGAGAUUUCGUUAUUUUUUGUUUUUGUUUUUUAAAUUUAGUUGAUUGAAAAAGUUGGCCCCAGAUCUUUAAUUUGUAUAUGAUUGUUGAAAAGUGCCAUCAUUUCCCCCCAUUAAGAUAGGGGUUGGUAGUGAUAACUUGGGUUAACUUUUUUUCCUUUUAGAGUUGAGAAUCAAGUGAAGGAGGAAAUCAGCAAAAAAAAAUGUUAACUUGCAUAGCAUGUUCCAAACAACUCAACAAUGGAUCUCUUCACCAACCAGAAGAUGAAGAAGCUGUUCAUACACCAAGCACGAAGCAAGCCAUCAAGGCUCUCACUGCCCAGAGUGCAACCAUUGUGAAAAAAGAGAUGGAUUUUUGGUUUUUGCAGAUCAAGGACAUGGCAGUGAAGGCUUCUGGGGCAUAUAAGAAUUGCAAGCCUUGUUCCGGAUCUUCAAAUGGUAAUAGGAAAGGGAAUUAUGCUGACUCGGAUAUGGGUUCGGAUUCAGCGAGGUUUCACUGGGCCUACCGAAGAACGGGUAGCUCCAAUUCAACCCCAAGGAUGUGGGGGAAGGAAAUGGAAGCCAGGUUGAAAGGGCUUUCGAGUGGGGAAGGGACGCCGGCAUCGGUUAGUGGACGGACCGAGUCAGUGGUGUUCAUGGAGGAGGAUGAGCCUAAAGAAUGGGUUGCACAAGUGGAGCCCGGUGUGCUCAUUACUUUUGUUUCAUUGCCUCAGGGUGGGAACGAUCUGAAGCGGAUACGGUUCAGUCGAGAGAUGUUCAAUAAAUGGCAAGCUCAGAGGUGGUGGACCGAAAACUACGACAAGGUCAUGGAGUUAUACAAUGUUCAAAGGUUCAAUCAACAAGCUGUUCCUCUUCCAACCCCACCUAGAUCUGAAGAUGAGCAAAGUUCAAGGAUUGAAUCUGUGAGGGACAGCCCAGUCACUCCUCCUCUCAGCAAGGAGCCCCUGCCUAGUCAUUUUCACCACCCAAUUGGAAUGGGGUACUCUUCUUCGGAUUCUCUGGAUCACCACCAUACGCAACCUCGCCCUUGCUAUGAAACUAGCUGUCUAGCCUCAACACCUAAACUCUCCGACAUUACUGCAAUAAAAACUGAAAGAUCAUCCCUGGAUGCUUCAGCAAGGACGAGUUCAUUGGGAGAGGGAGACCACUCGGGUGAGCUCUCAAACAGCAAUGCCAGUGAUAUGGAAACUGAAUGGGUUGAACAAGAUGAACCGGGAGUAUACAUCACUAUCAGAGCACUGCCAGGCGGAGCCAGAGAACUUCGGCGAGUACGGUUCAGCCGAGAGAGGUUCGGAGAAAUGCAUGCUAGAUUAUGGUGGGAGGAGAACCGCGCCAGGAUACAAGAACAAUACUUGUGAUAAUGACUAUACAAGAAGAUCCCUUCACACAGAUAUCUGCUUCAGCAGGCUAACUGGGUGUUGCAACUUGAAAAGCUUCAUAGUGAUGUGCAUUCUAGUUUGAGUUCCCUUCUUUCCAAUGGAUAAUUUGGCAGUAACUACAACUUUCAGACUUUGGAGUUUCUCUGUGGCAGAUAUAGUGAAAUCUUAGUUUAUAGUUAUAGCUAAAACCUGUUAACACCAAUGUCUUGUAGUUGGGAAUUGUCUAAUGUUUUACAUCUUGUAUGAAUUUUGAAAUAUUCCAAGGUAAUGUUUAUUAGGAUGAUAUUUAAAGUGAUAACUUGGUGAAACAGAAAAUAUU